UUUAAGUUUGAAAGAAGAAGAACAACAACAAUGUAUGAUUUGUCUCAGCUUGAGAGACAAUUGGCUGAAUUCACUUCUUCCCUGUUUGAUGAGGGUUUCUUAGAUGAUCAGUUUAAUCAGCUUCAGCAACUUCAAGAUGAAAGCAACCCAGAGUUUGUGGUUGAAGUGGUGAAUCUUUUCUUUGAGGAUGCAGAAAGGCUUCUCAAUGAACUUGCAAAGACACUAGCACAGGAUAACAUUGAUUUCAAAAGGGUGGAUGCUCAUGUUCACCAAUUGAAAGGUAGCAGCUCCAGCAUUGGUGCACAGAGAGUUCAGAAGGUCUGCAUUGCCUUCAGAGACUACUGUGAGGAACAAAAUGUUGAAGGGUGUCUCAAAAUCUUACAGGAAAUAAAACAGGAAUGUUCCUUGGUAAUAAGCAAGUUUGAAACUCUGUUUAAGAUGGAGCAGCAGGUUUUUGCCUACAGGAGACUUGGUUAAUGGGUGGUGAUUGAUAAGGGAUACGGAAACAAUUUUUUUUGACAACGCAUACGUGACAGUUUGUGAUUGGUCUAUUUUAAAUAUUUUUUUAGAAUAAAUUCAAACAGAUCAAUAAAAUAGUGACACGUAUCCUGUUGUAAAAAAAAAUUGUUAAAAUAUAAUUUUCCUUUGCAAUAACCAUAAAAGUAGCAUGUUUCAUCAACAUUCUGUUGUAAUUUUAUCUUUUUCACUUU